CAGAGUCGAGACAGUGGAUCUGAGUCUCAGCUCAACACAGUUUCCAGCCUAAAAGAGGCCCUGGAACGCUUUGACCGUAGCCACACCCCCUCCUCCACCUCUCUGUCCUCACACAAGACCUCCUCACAGCUCUCAGACAACACCUCAACAGCCUCCAAGCUCCCACAUGGACAUGGCCACGCCCCUCAUCAGUCACAUGUUGCCUCCACCAUCGAGAUGACAUCACAGAGACGCUCCUCCAUCAGCAGCCAGUCUAUGAGUUCUCAGACCACGGGACACAGUGGCUCCUGUCCAUCCUGUGAUACAACAACACCAACAACAAGAGGUGAGAAACGCCUGUCUAUCCACCCUAUUCACCUGCCGGUGCUUGAGUUCUCAGCCCAGGUGAAUGCUAUGCAGCACCUAAAGAACCAGCUGGAGCAGAGGACCAGGAUGAUACAGGCCAACAUCCAGAGACAGCAGGAUGAACUCCGAGCCAUACAGGACCAACUACACAGAGUCCAGCCCCCAGCCAUACAGGACCAACUACACAGAGUCCAGCCCCCAGCCAUACAGGACCAACUACACAGAGUCCAGCCCCCAGCCAUACAGGACCAACUACACAGAGUCCAGCCCCCAGCCAUACAGGACCAACUACACAGAGUCCAGCCCCCAGCCAUACAGGACCAACUACACAGAGUACAGCCCCCAGCCAUACAGGACCAACUACACAGAGUCCAGCCCCCAGCCAUACAGGACCAACUACACAGAGUACAGCCCCCAGCCAUACAGGACCAACUACACAGAGUACAGCCCCCAGCCAUACAGGACCAACUACACAGAGUACAGCCCCCAGCCAUACAGGACCAACUACACAGAGUACAGCCCCCAGCCAUACAGGACCAACUACACAGAGUACAGCCCCCAGCCAUACAGGACCAACUACACAGAGUACAGCCCCCAGCCAUACAGGACCAACUACACAGAGUCCAGCCCCCAGCCAUACAGGACCAACUACACAGAGUCCAGCCCCCAGCCAUACAGGACCAACUACACAGAGUCCAGCCCCCAGCCAUACAGGACCAACUACACAGAGUCCAGCCCCCAGCCAUACAGGACCAACUACACAGAGUCCAGCCCCCAGCCAUACAGGACCAACUACACAGAGUCCAGCCCCCAGCCAUACAGGACCAACUACACAGAGUCCAGCCCCCAGCCAUACAGGACCAACUACACAGAGUACAGCCCCCAGCCAUACAGAUGUUCGUGCAGCAGCCUGGCGGAGCUUUGAAUGUCCAGCUGCCUCAGGUGGGGGUGGUGCCACAGGGAGCAGUUCUGACCAAUCAGGUGCAGCAGACUGUCCUAAACCCCGCCCACACAGGAAGUCAGCUCACCGUUCAGCAGCAGCAGCAGUCACCUCCUCCUCAACAGAACCUUCAACUACAGCAAAACAACUCCCUCGCUCAGGUAUUCAGCCAAGCAGUGGUCCAGCAGCAGCGUCAACCACAACAACAACAGCAGCAGCAGCAGCAACAACCUGUCUAUAACAUGAUCAUGUCUCAGCCCGGCCAGCCCAACCUACUACAGAUCAGUACCAGUCUACCACAGAACAACACACAACAGGCUGUAGCCACCUUCACACAAGACAACACUCAGAUACAGUUUCCGGCGGGCCAGCAGCUGGUUACUAAGUUAGUGACAGCUCCCAUGGCAUGUGGAGCUGUCAUGGUCCCGACCUCUGUAUUCAUGGGACAACCGGUCAUCGCUUACAACCCCUUUGGAGGGCAGCAGGGCGGUCAGACUCUUACCCUCCAGGCAGCCCAGCCUCAACAGAACCAGCCUGACAGCCAGACACAGACGGCUGUAGUGGCACAGAGUAACCAACAGGGGGCGCAGCAUCAGUUCGUACAGGGCACCCGUCUUCUCCACGGCAACCAGCAGCUGAUCCUCCAGGCAGCAUUCCCCAUGCAACAACAGCAACAGGCCUUCACCCAGGUAACACAACAACAACAGUCUCACACCCAGAGGCAUCAGCUGCAGCUGAAACCACAGCCGCAGAAACAACCCAAAGGCCCGCCUUCGCACCGGACUGACAGCUCCAGCAGCCAAGCACAGUAGGCCAGGCGUCCAAUCAGACUCUAUGACCUGAAGGCUGAACCAAUCAGAGGUGUGGAGGGGUGUCCUGGAUUGUGUUGUGUGUUUAUCUAAUGGAACUACAGUGUUGGAGUCACCCAACCCCCCCUCCUAUCGCCCCUACCAAUAUAGCUGCUGUGUUGACCCCCUCUAUCUUCCGCCAUAACAAACUGAAUUAUGGGUAACGGUGAGGGUGGCCAGCCCUUCGUCCUAGAAAGCUACUAACUGUGCAGGGUUUGGCUCCGGCUCUGCUCUAACACGCCUAUUCAGUUGCACACCAGGACCUUGAUGUUCACCUAGACUGAAUCAGGUGUGUUGGUUAGCGCAGGGCCGGAACUAAAGCCUGCAGUCAGAAGAUCUUCAGGAGGAGGUUUGGCUCCACCUGGAUUUCACCUUCCCUAAGGAACUUCUCAUCACCGUGGUGACAAUAGUACGGACCGGAACCAUCGGAACCCUGUAUCCCGUAGCAACCAGGAGGAGCGUUGUUUGUUCGUGCGUUUGGAGGAGAGACAAACUCGGUGUCCGUGGAAACCCAGUAGAACUCUUUGCGUUGCCACGGUAACGAGAGACUCCAAAAGGAACGUUGUGGUGAUGGACUGACUCUAUGGGUCUGUACAGUACAGACGUGUGUAACAUUAAACUAAAUGUAAAUAUCCAUUAUAGCUACAGAGAAAAAAACAGAAAUUACUAUUUUAUAUGAUUGCAUGGGUAAAUAACUGUACGUUUUUAUGAGUAACUUUUGACAAAAUGACUUUAUUCAGUGUUUUCCUGGUCAGAUAUGAGGUGACAGACGUUCAGCGAGGAUGAAGAGCCGCCUCUCUCUUCCACCCGAAGGUCUUCAGUUCUGUUCCAACACUUUACAAAAUGCAUCCGUCCUUCCAUCCUUCCAUCCUUCCUGCCUUCCAUCCUUCCAUCCUUCCUGCCUUCCAUCCUUCCAUCCUUCCAUCCUUCCAUUUCCUGCCUUCCAUCCUUCCAUCCUUCCAUCCUUCCUGC